AUGAUGACAACAUUUCUUAGUUCUGAUGCUGCAUGUCGUGUAACAUCUCAAGAAAUAAUAAAAAUUUUACAAACCGAUGCUAAAUUAGGUUUAAAUGAAAAUGAAAUAUUAAAACGACGAAAAUAUUAUGGUCUAAAUGAUUUUGAAAUAGAUGAUGAUGAACCAUUAUGGAAAAAAUAUUUAGGACAAUUUAAAGAACCAAUGAUAUUACUUUUACUUGCAUCAGCAUUUAUAUCAUUAGUAAUGAGACAAUAUGAUGAUGCUGUAUCAAUAACAAUAGCUAUUAUUAUUGUUGUUACUGUUGCAUUUAUACAAGAAAAUCGAGCUGAUAAAGAAAUUGAAGCAUUAAAACGACUUGUACCACCUAAAUGUGUUUGUAUACGAGAAGGUAAAAGUCAACAUAUUUAUGCAAGAGAAUUAGUACCAGGUGAUUUAUGUAUUUUGGAUAUUGGUGAUCGUAUACCAGCUGAUUUACGUUUAACUGAAGCAAAUGAUGUAUCUAUUGAUGAAUCAUCAUUUACAGGUGAAACAAAACCAUCGAUGAAAACUGUUGAUUCAAUUUCAUUUGGUUCAAGACAAACAUCAAUUAGUGAUAGAAAAAAUACUGCUUUUAUGGGUACACAUGUACUUAAUGGAAAUGCUAAAGGUAUUGUGAUAUGUACAGGUGAAAAUUCAGAAUUUGGAAAAGUAUUUCAAAUGAUGCAACAACAAGAAGCACCAAAAACACCAUUACAAAAGAGUAUGGAUGCAUUAGGAAAACAACUUUCAUUUUAUUCAUUGAGUAUUAUUGGUUUUAUUGUUAUUGUUGGAUGGUUACAAGGUAGACAUCUACUUGAAAUGUUUACCAUCGGUGUCAGUUUGGCAGUAGCAGCUAUUCCGGAAGGUUUACCAAUUGUUGUAACUGUAACAUUAGCACUUGGUGUUCAACGUAUGGCAAAACGAGAAGCAAUUGUUAAAAAAUUACCUAUUGUUGAAACACUCGGAUGUGUAACAGUUGUAUGUUCAGAUAAAACAGGUACAUUAACAAAAAAUGAAAUGACAGUUACAAAUAUUUUGACAUCAGAUGGAGAUAUUGCUGAAGUUACAGGUUCAGGUUAUGAUGGUGAAGGUGAUGUUUUAUGUGGUCAUGAACGAGUAACUUAUGAUUCUCAUCCAUUAAUUUCAAAAAUAGUCGAAGUCGGAGCUGUUUGUAAUAAUGCUGAAAUAGUCAAUUCUCAUCUUCGUGGUCAACCAACUGAAGGUGCUUUACUUGCUGUUGCAAUGAAAAUGAAUAUUCCUCAUAUUCGGCAACAAUAUCAUCGUGAACGUGAAUGGCCAUUUUCACAUGAAAAUAAAUGGAUGGCUGUACAAUGUACACCAAGAUAUAAUCCAAAUGAGACACGUUUAUAUGUUAAAGGAUCUAUUGAACAAAUAUUAAAAUUAUCUAAACGAUAUUUACACCAAGGAGCAGCUGCACAAUUAACAGAACAAAAAGUCCGAGAAUUUAUGGCGGAUUCAAAUCAAAUGGGAGCUAAAGGAUUACGAGUUUUGGCUAUGGCAACGGGAACUUCACUUGAAGAUUUAACUUAUGUCGGUAUGGUCGGAAUUAUUGAUCCUGAACGUCCACAAGUUGAACAAGCUAUUGCUCAACUAAAAGCAGGUGGUGUUAUGGUAAAAAUGAUAACAGGUGAUGCUGAGAAAACAGCAAAAGCAAUAGGUAAAUAUUUGAAUGUGAAAAUUAAAAAAAAAGCGUAUCAUUAA